UUUCCCAUUAUUUUUGCCUUGAAUUUCUAAUUCCUUUGGUUUUUACCUCAUUCUCUCCUUUUCUCAGUAUACCUGUCUCUAAUUUUCCUGGCAAAUGUUGCCAAAAAAACAAAAUUAUGGUGCCAAAAAAAAAAAAUUAGUUCUGACAAAUGGUUGGAGUCAUGGAGUGAACAUAAAAAGGCUUGGAACUUUUCAUUUUGUUUAGAAUUUAUAUGUAGGUACAAUUUGAGCUUGAAAAUGCCAACAGUUUGGUUUGCUCUAAAGAGAUCCCUACAUUGCAAAUCAAAUCCAUCUGAUGUUCAUGAUCCAAAGGUCAAGAAUCAUUUGAAAACUAUCUCGACAAGAAGAAUUUGUGGUAGGUCUGGUUGCUCAAGGUCUAUAGCAAAUCUCAAAGAUGUUAUCCAUGGAAGCAAAACACAUUUAGAUAGGCCUCCAAGUUGUAGUCCAAGAUCCAUUGGAAGCAAUGAGUUUAUGAACCCAAUAACACAUGAAGUCAUUUUAAGUAACUCCAAGUGUGAACUUAAAAUUACAAGUUUUAAUGGUGGUCAUCAUGAAAGUGGUGGUGCUGGUAGUUCAACUUUUGUAGGUACCUUAAGUCCUGGAACUCCUGGUCCUGCAGGAGUUGAUUUCACCAUGCAUUAUCAAACCCCUUCAUUUAGAAGCUCAAUUACUCCUCCUAGAAAAUCUCAUGGAUUUCUUCUUGAUAAAGAAGGCUCUUCUGGAUUUGGUAAUUCUCCAGUAAAUUUGGGUGGUGGUGGUAAUAAUUCAAACCAUAGGGCUUCAUAUGAUUUUAAUUCUUCUAAUGGGUCUUCUUCUUCUACUGUAACUUGUCUUAAAUGUGGAGUUCAGUAUGGGAAGUUGGAAGCUGCAGAAACCCAUCAUCUAACCAAACAUGCCGUAACUGAGCUCGUCGAAGGGGACUCGUCUCGCAAAAUCGUAGAGAUAAUUUGCCGGACUAGUUGGAUGAAAUCCGAGAACAAUUGUGGGCGGAUUGAAAGAGUUUUGAAGGUCCAUAACAUGCAGAAAACGGUCGCUAGGUUUGAAGAAUAUAGGGAGAUGGUGAAAAUGAAAGCUAGCAAACUGUCCAAGAAACACCCGCGAUGUCUCGCCGAUGGGAAUGAACUAUUGAGAUUCUAUGGCACAACUGUGGAAUGCUCUCUUGGCAUAAGUGGUUCUUCCAAUCUUUGUGUAUCAGAGAAAUGCAGCGUCUGUCAGAUUUUAAGACAUGGAUUCUCAACCAAAAGUGAGCCUAAAGUUAGCAUAGGCAUUUUCACAACAUCAACAAGUGAGACAGCUUUCGAAACUAUUGAAGCCGAUAUAGAAAAUGCACAUUUGAAAAAGGCCCUGAUAGUUUGCAGAGUGAUUGCUGGGAGGGUCCAUAAACCAUUGGAGAACUUCCAGGAACUUGUUGGUCAGACGGGAUUCGAUUCACUAGCAGGAAAAAUGGGUGUUUAUUCAAAUACUGAGGAGCUCUAUUUGCUGGAUCCUAAAGCUCUUCUUCCUUGCUUCGUGGCAAUUUGUAAAUCUUGAAAAAAUUUGCCUACAUUUUUUUGGUGAAUUCGUC